AUAGAAAAUUCGGAUUUUUCAGUUUCUCAACAUAUGAAUAAUGCCUGGAAAGAAAACAAUUACGUCAAAAGACUACACGACUCCACUUAGAAGACCUGGCGAGAAGCGGGAAGACUUGAACACUCAAGAGAACGGAAAGGAAACCCCUUCCCUUUCAACUGAAACUGAAAAAGGUGACAUUUUGUUGUCAUAAUAGCUUGAUAGAAAUUAUAUAUCUCUUGGUUUUUUUAUUCGUUGGUUUUUUUAAAAGUGAACCGAAAUCUCGAAGAAAUUUUCGUAUGUGAAUCCGUACAAUCACAUCAACUCAAAACGCGGGAACAUGUUAACGCACGCAUAGUGUUUAGGUAGCUGGAGUCGAAAGCUCGAAGUAUCGAAAUCCCACUUUAAUAUUUUAUGUGUAUAUUUAUAGCUUAAAAGGCUAUCCAUUUUCUGUAUGCAAAUAACCCUUGUAAUCAGUCAUUUGUAUCAGUUUGGUUCGUGGAACUUUAAACGACUACUUACUAUCCAAGAGGGUGUAAUAAUCGGUCCACGAGAUAAUAAGAUUCGGAAAGACUUCCGUAUAACCUCGAAAGAUUCUUAAACAAAACUAGAGUCCAAAAGGUAACCUUUACCCCAGAAAAGUGUUAUGUAUAAUGAAUUAUGGGGCUCUGGGGAAACCUUGCCUCACAUUAAGUUAGAACAGGUAAACUUUUAACCAUUCUUACCUGAGUUGUACAGUAGGAAGAGCUUCUUCUGAGAGUUACAUAUCAUUUAAUAGAAUCCAAACACAUUCCAUAAAUACCCUCAGUCAAUUCAAACAAUACUUUUUCAUAUAAUUUGGUUUAUCAAGUGGGUCAUCAAUGAGAAUUGGCCAUGGUGAUCUCUUUUACAGUGGUCAAUUUACAUUUAUCAACUCAGUUGAUGAAACUGAUAAAACCAAUACUGCCCUCCUGCCCAAUGCAGUACCACAGUUACCCUCCCCUCCAUAGUAUACUUAAUUUUGAUUUUAUGUAAAAACUGCAAUGUGUGAUAUUGCUGAAAACUAAGUGUUUGAAAAUACAGUUUCCUUUUCAGUAGCAGCUGGGUGGCAUUGAUCAGAUGAUACUGGUCAUAUUGUGACUGAGUUAACUGAGUGAUUUUUUGUGUUUAUUCUUAUGUCAUAGGUGCUUCUCUUGGUGUUGUACAAGUGCUUAGUAAUGAAAAGGAUUCAGAGGAAAAUACUUGUCCUGUAACUGUAAGCCAAGAAACUAAUGAGAAACCUGUGGAAGAUGUUUCUCCUGACCCUGUGCUAAUAGACACUGGAAAAGAUAAAGACAAUACUACUACUAAGUUACUAGUUAGUGAGGAAUCUGAGGAGAUACCUGCAUGUAAAGCAGAAAAAGUGGAAAAACGACUGGAUGAGAAAGAAGAAGAAACAAAAUUGCCACAAGAAAGUGAUGUUCAUUCUAAUGCAACUAAAGAAACUGCUGAAACCAAUGAACAUAACAAGGAGAGUGAUCAGAAAGAGCAAACUCUUACGAAUCAUGACAAAACAUUACUAACAGAAACCACAAGCAAAAUUACAAAUCUAUCACCAUUUGCAAAAGAAUUUGUUCCUAAGGCUUCCCUUAAUCUGACAUCUGUAGUCAAAGCCCCUGAAUUUGUGCCUGCGUCAGUUCGACCACAAUCCGACAGACCACCGCUAUUGCAAAGGAUAAAUGACACACCUGAAAAUGAACUGAUGAACUGUGUUAAAGAUGUCCUUUUUGGACUGACUCAGAGUCCUGGCGAGUUAAAUGAUUUUUUUAAGACUAUGGUUGAUCAGAUAAAGAAAUGUAUGGGUACUCUGAACUCUUUAAAGGAGGUGGUAGAGCUCAUCUUUGAAUACGUGAGUACCAUUUAUGUUGUUGUUGUUUUUUUGUUUUUUUGAGAUAUAUAACUCUUUAACCCCUAAGAGUCUGAGUGGUUAUCUAAUUUCUCCUUACUAUAUCACCCCUGAACAAAACAUUAAGAAAAAUGGAACUGAUUACCAACUAAAGAAGCUCUGCAUUGUUUGACAAAUUCUCCUUUUCUACACCUUGGGAAAUGUUUAGAGAACAGUUUGGAGAAUAUGCAUACGCUUUGAUGUUAGGGUAUAAAGGGUUAAUUGGAAACAAAAAGGACAAAUAAUUUUUAAUGAUAAGUUAUAAUACUUGUAAAUACUUGGUUUUUUAGUAUCAAAUUUCCUAAAGGUUAAAUUUUGCUGACAAGUUGAAAACAUGAUCAGUUAUAACUUGAAUUGUGCUGAACAAAGUAUUACCUUUGUUAUGGUUUUUAAGAUUUAUUUAAUUCCGUUUUUUUCAGUCAAUAACAGAGCCUAACUUCCAGUACAUUGCAGCAAAACUUUGUAACAUGUUGUCCAAGGAGGAUACCAUUAUCCUGGAAAGUGGUGAAAAGUUCAGGAGUGUUUUGAUGAAUAGGUACACGAAAUUCAAAAUUCCAUUUAUGAUGUACAAGUUUUGUUAUUCUUUCAAAUUCUUUGGUUGGCAGGGUUUAUGAGUAAUCUUGCAUGUGUUGGUGACCAGAAUUCCAAAGACAUGGAUGGUUGAAGAAUGAUAUUCAAUGUUAACACUUGUUCUACAUUACUAAUUUCCAGAUGUAGGGAUGAACAUAAAAACAGAGAGGAUGCUCUGAAAAACCCACAAACUUUAACAAAAUUGCUUGGAUUUGCAAUGUUUGAGGCUGAACUCUUCUGCAACUACAGGGUUAGGGGAUAAUUUACUUGCUUCAAGUAUGUGACCAUUUUUAAUGGAAAAAAUGUCUAAGCUGUUGUGACAUGUAUCUGUUAUAUGUAUGUGCUGUGUAUUUACAUGUAACUAAUAGAUUCCCUGUUGCUGUGCUAUGCUGUUCAGUAAAGGAUUGCAGAUGAUGUCAAAAUGUGGUAAGGCCCAGAAUUGGCACACAAAGUGCAGCCUAGUGUAUCUCUAAUUUUCUUACCAAAUUUUGAUGUCUUCUGUGAUCUAUUGCUGAACAGACCCACAGAAAAAUGGAAUCUAAUUGUUUUUUUUUUAAAUACAAUAAAGAUGCAAAGCAUUGUUAGUAGUGAUGCCACCUAUGCAUCAGUCCUGUAAUAGAUCAUUAGUAAGAACCAAUCAAAAUGGUUGUGUAACUCAACUUAUUACAUAAAUGUCCUUAAUGUUAUAGCUUGGGUCUUUUUUUUUUUUUUUUUUUUUCACUUUCACAGCCCUUAGGUGAGACUGAACCAUUGAAGGUAUUUCAUAGAGGAUUAUUAGAAAUGUUGUCCACCCUUCUGCAAAACCACACAGAGGAAUGCCUCAAAUGCAUUGGCAAAAUAUUGAAGGUAUUGAAACCAUUGUAUACAAUCAAAGCUGAUUUGACAGAUACUUGAUCUUUACUCUAACUUAUAGUUGAACAGGCUUAAUUGUUACCCCUUCAAUAAAGUGUCCUUUUUAAACUCCUGAACAAACUCCACAUUUGCACUUUCCCAUACAACUCAGUGGCCAGUAAUUAAUCAAGCAUCAUAUACUGUAGGUUCAACAUAGUACCACUGUUGAUUGAAGGGUGAUUAAAGCCAUCUUGCAGGUGAAAGUUUGUUUUGAGUACACUUACAGGUAUCUGCAAGAUUGCAAGUUAUAGACUGUAUCACUCAUCCUUUAAACAGACUGGUUCUGUCAGGGGCACCCACAUGAACAUUUUUAGGCUUGUGUCAAUUCAGGUUUGCCUUCACCAAUAAUACAAGGUAAAUUUGAAUUUUUUUGGUUUACAUUUGCUGUUGGUGUAUCCAGAUGACAGGAUAUCUUCUAGAUGAUCCCAGAUUUAUGGUAAAGGACAGUGAAAGAAAGCAGAAUGUUGAUAAAGUUUUCUCUGAUGUUGAACAGCUUCUGAAAGAAUCCACAUUGUCAGAAAGGUAGAUGAAGUAAUAAUAUUACAUUAACCAUUUAACUCCCAUGAGUGACCAAGAGAGAAUUUCUCUUUACAAUAUCAAUCAGACAAGUGACGAUAAUAGAGAAAAAUAUCAAUUUCGGGAUAAUUAGUUGUAGUUGAUCCAAUAAUAAAUUCUCUAAACUAACAUUAUAAGAAUUGUGUUGUUGACAGUGAGGAGAAUUACAAAUUUGAUCAGGGAGUUAAACAGUUAACAAGCCACUUUUUCAAGACAGUUUCUCUGUACCAGUAGUUCUUAAUAAGCCAUCAAAGGAAGAUUUAUAAUGGAACAAUCAUUUGAACCCUUUUAACUCCCAUGAGUGACUAAGACAGAAUUUCUCCUUACGUUAUCAAUACAAUAUCAAUAAGACAAGUGCUGAGAAUAAAGAAAAAUAUCAAUAGGGGAUUGUGAAGUAGUAUCAUGAGAACUGUAUGGCAGACAGUAAGGAGAAUUACUAAUGAGAUCUUGGAGUAAAAAGGGUGAAACAAGUCAAACCAAAAGAAAAAGAAAAAAGGAAUCUUAUGAAUGAAAAAAAAUAAUCCUAUCACUUUCUUGACUGCAGUUCAAAGGUGUUACUUUCUCAAGUAAUAAAGCUACGAGCAUCUGGUUGGUCCUCUAGUCCAGCUGUAGGAGCCAGUGAAACAUCAUUUGACUUCCCUCCUGACAAUGGAUACUCUUUCCCUUAUUAUGGUCUUGGCCUGGUAGGUUAUCUUUUCCUUGAUAAAAUAACAUGCAUAGCAUACUGUACACUGUUUGUCAUUACAGUUGAUAUAGUAAUGUAAUAAAGACAAGUACAGUUGUGAUGCAACUCAUGGAUGAGCUACUGUUGUAAACUAUGAUCAGUCCCACCUUUUUGGCAAGGUCAGUUGCACGAGUAAAAAAACUUAGGGGAAAAAAUUUGCUGUUAGCACAUCUUACAGACCUCUGGGAGUAUGGUUCACAAAAAGUAGCUACAUUUCUUGCACCUCACAUCCAGAGUUCCUUUCUGUGUGCUAACAUAUAUUUAAAUAUAUAUAUAAUUAUUUUCAAAUUUCAAUAUUUUUUAAAGUGGGUGUAUACCAGUAUAUAUGUUUACUUAUGUGGCAGAUUUUGCUGAAAAGGAGCAACUACUUGUACUCUAACAUUGUGGACUAUCAAUGGCAAUUUAGCAGUGUAUGGUCUCUUUGAGGAUCUGUGACACUCAGAGUUAGCUCUUGGAUUGACCAGACACACUACAGUUGAUGAAUUGAGUGCUCUACAUUCUUAAGUAAAAAGGCAUCAAUUUUACCCAAUUUUUGAUUAAAAAUUGUUUUUCUCUUCUGAAAUUUUCAUGGAUUUUUGUUUUCCUCAUAACCUUUCAGGAGGAAUUAUCAAUAGACGAUGAUUUAAUUCCAGUAAUAAAUCCAGGUAAAAGAAGUAAUUUUUAGCCUUUUAGACUGGAUAGUGCAGUAUUUCAUGCUCAAACCCCUUUACAUAAUUAGGUAAAGGUAACAACUUUAUGUGAGCUAGGUGACCCAUCUGGCCAAAGCUUAUUCUGGUUAUCAUAGCAUGAAGAGACUUGGAGUAUCAUUACUCCUCCCCUGGAUGGGAUGCCAUUUGUUUGCGUGGUUACCCCCCCAGCAUUUCAUGAAGCUUCCCUGAUAAUUUUCCAGUACUCAUUUCUACUCCUGGGUUGAGUAGAAAAGUAUUUUGUCUAAGAACACAACACAUCGACCCAGCCAGGUAUCAAACCCAGACCUCUUGAGCCAAAGUCCUGCACUCUAACUAUUAACACAUUAGAUAAGUAUCCUAUUUUAUCUUAAAGUUUUGUUAUAUAAGUUAUGUUCCAACAACCCUUUGUGCUUAACAUCAAACAGAGCAGUGGAGUGAUUACUUUGAUGAUGGAGAGGAUGAUAAUGAGCUGCAAGAUGCUUACAAGUACUACUUUCCUGAACAGUUUGAGGGAGAUUUUGAGUAUGUAUCAUUUAGAAUACUGUAUUUUCAGUUCGGUGCAGAGUGCCACCUGAAAUCCUUUAAAUCCCAAGAUGUGCAUAAUUAUUCUUCACGGCAAUUUUCUUACAUUCCUUUUGUGUCAUCUGUUCAUGACAAUUUGGGUUUAUUUUCUAACAACAUUCCCUAGAUGAUUCCCUUUUCUUGUUUACUUGAUAGACUAUGUCAACCAUUUAACUCUCAUGAAUGACCUAGACAGAAUUUCUUCUUACAAUAUCAAUACAAUAGGUGACGAGAAUAACAGAAAAUUUAAAGUAUUUAUAUGAAAGGCUGAAAUAUUUAAAAUGUGAAUUGUUUUAUUUUUUUGACUGUUCUUUUGUCAACAUGAUUAUUUCCAGUCCUGAAGAUGGUGGUUAUUACAUUGAAGAUGAUCCAGAGUUUGAUGACGAAAUUGGCCAAGAAUUUGAAAAGUUCUUACAAGAGCAAGGAGGAUCUUAAUUAAAAAAAAAAAUAAAAAAAUAGAUAGCUACCUUUAGUUAGCCUUAAGGUAAUUGUUCUGUACUGUAAGAUAAAUAAUUUUUAUCUCGUUAGGGAUAUUUGCACUGUGAUAUUAUAUUGAUUGAUAAGUUGCAUGUACUUGAUCAAUAACUUCAUCUGACAUCUGAAAGUGUAUUUUCAUUGCAUUCUAAGGAGCAACAGCACAUUGAUGUGCUGCUCAACCAUCACAUUUAAUCCUUUGACCCCAAAGAGUGACCAGCAUUUAAUUUCUCCCCACAAUAUCACCCUGAAUCAAACAUUAAGGGAACGAGAAGAAAGGAAACGAUCACAAACUCAAGAAGCUCUUGAUUGUUAAACAAAUUCUCCAUUCCAGCAUCUCAGGAAAUACAUAUAGAACAGUAUGGAGAAUAUGCAUACUGGUGUUAGUGUGUAAAAGGUUUAAGGCCUGCGUAGAUGUGAUUUGUGUGGGUCACACACCAUAGUUUUAUGUAAAAAAUUCAUGGUCAUGAGUAGCCAAGAGUAAAUCACCUCAUAAGACAAAAUAUAAGUACCACAUGAAGACACUAGUCACUAUAUUUCAUCCGAUCACUACACGUUUUCAGGAAAAUAAUCAGGACAUCAUUGAAGUGUUGUUUGUGAGUUUAAGGAGCUUUAGUAUGAAUCAAUGCAUACGGCAGAUUUUUCCUAUCAGUGAGUGAAAGGUGGAACCACCUUGCACAGCUGAGCUUAAUAAAACUCAAGAGAGUGACGUUCUUGGAAAUGUCUCAAUCUAUAAUUGUAUCCAGUGAUGAAAGUACAGACUUCUGUUUUUUGUCUUGUAUUUAGAGCUUAAUAGAGUUGUAGUUGUAGUUCUUUAGAUCUUUGUUAUUGAUAGAAACACAGAAACUAAAGAAGGCAGCUGUUUGAAAUUUAAAACAUUUUUGACUAAUAGUAACAAUUAAUAUACAGAUAACGUGUUGGGCUGGAAUAUCAAAUACAUGAUAAUAUUUGUCCGGAAGCUCGCGAUAGUCAAAAGAGCCUCUCCUCUAUGAUGUAAUUAUCCUCUAAUCAGGGUUUACCUGAAACGAUAAAGUAUUCCGCUUACUGUUAAAUGUUUGGAAGAGGUCUUGAUACAGUGUUUUAGUUUGACAGACCAGGAAAAGCCAUUAAUCAGAAACUAUUUUUUCAGUGAGUUAAAGAACUCGACUGGGGAGAUUGCGUGUUUGCUUAACGGGGUGCAAAAGUAUUCGGUUUAGGAAAGGAAGUGAAUGCGUUGAACUUUCUUCAAAAAAGAUUAGAAACUGGAAUUUUUUUAAACCAAGAGAAUAGUGUCACUCUUUGGUCUUUGUGACAAGAAGCCACUAUUGUGGUACCUUAUGAUCUCACCGAGAACGGUUUCCCGUUUCCUGUUAGACUUCACGCGGACAAAAGAUACAGGAGCUGGAAAAUUUAGGAACUGGGCUAUGACCUAGUGAUGACUGACCAAUUAAAUAUUGAUGAUAUUAAUCCUAACGAACUGG